UAGGCUAUUAUUUGUUAAUUUAAGAUAAAAACGUCACAUUUUUUCUCUGUUAUAAAUCUGACUAGGCAUAAAAAGAGUCAAAAACCAAAUUCUAUGAUCAUUCUACUAUUACUUUUACCAAGAUGACCUGGCUAUAACUUGAAGUAGACUGACUCUUCAAGUAUCAAAACCCAUGCAUAACUUUUACUGAAUGGUAGAACAUCAUGCCUGAUGAGUAAAGGCAUAUUCUUAUAGUUUGUGUGGAAUGCCCUUAGUUAUUUUUCCUAAUGAGUGCAAGACGUAGACGUACUGGGUCAGAGUCAGAGAGAGGGGUGCAAGGUGGUGUAUCUCUGCAGAGCAUCUCUACAACCUACAUUUCUGAAUCUGGAUCUAGCAAAUCAUUUGUGUCAAACCAAGCUGAACCAGAAAUGACGAGUAGAGACAGAACAGUAGAAUUUAUGGCCACUGUAAAAUCAAUGAAAGGAAGAAUGGGAAAUGGAUAUGUAAAACCUCAACAGAAUAGACAAACAAAGGACCUGCAGGACUGGAAUGUUUUCAUGAAAAUUGCAAAACAAAUUGGAAGAGAUAUCAGCAAUACAUUUACAAAGCUGGAGAAACUAACAUUAUUGGCCAAGAAGAAGUCCCUUUUUGAUGAUCAACCAAUAGAGAUACAAGAGCUAACAUAUAUAAUAAAACAGGACAUCAACAGUCUAAAUAAACAAAUAGCACAGUUACAAGAGGUAUCCAAAGCAAGAAGUCAUAAACAAGGGAGGCACAUGCAGUCACAUUCCAAUUCUAUUGUUGUUACUCUGCAGUCAAAAUUGGCCAUGAUGUCAAAUGACUUCAAACAGGUUCUAGAAGUUAGGACAGAGAAUUUAAAGCAUCAAAGAAAUAGAAGAGAACAAUUUACCCAGGGAACUGUAUCGGCUACCCUCCCACCAUCUGUAACAUCUGGACAUAAUGGAUCAGUUCUGUUGGCAGAUGAAAGAGCUAACUCUGAAGUGAUGAUUAACAUGGAUCACCAUCAGGAUCAUUACCAACAGAUGCAACUGAUUGAUGAGCAGGAUGCCUACAUCCAGACUAGAGCUGACACGAUGCAGAACAUAGAAUCUACUAUUGUGGAACUGGGUUCCAUUUUCCAGCAACUUGCCCUAAUGGUUAAGGAACAAGAGGAGAUGGUUCAAAGAAUUGAUUCUAACGUUGAAGACACUCAAUUAAAUGUGGAGGCAGCCCAUUUGGAGAUACUAAAGUACUUCCAGUCCAUCUCAUCUAAUCGUUGGUUAAUGAUAAAAAUUUUUGCAGUUUUGAUAAUUUUUUUUAUCAUAUUUGUUGUCUUCAUGGCAUAACCAUAAUUAGGCUUAAGUGAGAUAACCCUUGAAAAAAGGAAACUGAUCCUGUCACUAAGAAAUGAUUUUCAAUAAAGAAAGAUGGUUCUAUAACUUGUUUCUUAUUUUUCAAAUUUUCAGUGAAGACUGGUGUGGUGGUGGGUAAGACCACAUUUUAUUAUUGCAUAUGUGUAAAUAAUACAAUGUUAAAGAAAUAAUGUUAAUAAAUUUUGUAAUGGUGUAUUCUGUUAGACAUAUUUUGUUACUUAUGCUAUCCAACUUUUAUGUUAAAAAAUACACACUUGUAAACACAGGAAGUUAUAAGUAUAAUAGAAUAAUUAGUGUGGAAGUUUAAAUAUCUCUAAGCUGAAUUAUAUAUGAAAAAGGUUAUGGCAAGUAUAACCAUUAAUAUUUGAAUUUUAAAAAUAUUGAUUUUGUUUUUCUUCGUUAGACGAUGAUGCCAUCAUUUUGAUUGUUUUUAUUUUAAUUUGAGUUUUAGCUUCCAUAUUGUGUAUGCUCUGUUUUUUUUUUGAAGUAAAAUAUUGAUUACAUAGUUAAACAAGAAAUACAGUCUUAGUAAUAAUGUAUGAAAGUAAAAGGACUAAUCGUGAAUAUAUUUUUGGUGUAUUAUAUUUUUAAUAGCUAAUACAGAUUUCUGAAGCUUUAAAGUAAGCUGUAUGUUGCCUCAUUUUGAAUAAUUUUGAAGCUGGUUAAAGUCUGGUAUUGACUUUUUUUUUUCAAUGGCACAUAAUUUGAUACAUUUUGAAACAAAUUCCAGAAAGAUCCAACAAAUACAAUCACAUUUUCAUAAAAAUAAAAUUACAUAGCAUAUUUGGAUUUUUUGUAAUAAUUCUAAAAUCAGUGGAUUGUGAUUAUUGUGCUGCACAAAAUAUUUAAGGAAGAAAUUAUAAUUUAAUAAAUUCAGUUACUAUUAAAUGUCCAUAAGUUAUUUAUGUUUUAAGUGUGUGUAAUCUAUUAUAAUCAAGAAGUUGUUGAAGGGCUAAGUAUAUCAUAAAAUUUGUAGUAUAGAUUUCUGAAAACUUGAGUUUUUCUUUACAUAAGUAUAUAUGUAUUUAUUGUUUUUACCAACUUUUAUCUGACAUUUCAAGAAAACUUUUAUAACAGAUGUAUUAUAAUUACAAGUCAACUUUCUUCACUUUCAGUUAUGUUUAUUGAUUACUUGCAUCUGUAAAGCAUUUACUUGUGUACUACUGCCUAAUAAUGAAACUUGUGUAACAUCAACUUGCAUAAAUACUCUAGAUCUGUUAAAUUGCAAGAGAACUUAAAAAAAAAAUUAACAGCAAAGUUAAGCAACUAUUUUUAUGGUAAUAUCCUCUACAUAUAAAUAUGCUAAAUAUUUUUAUAGUAGAUAUAACAUUGUAAAAUAUGUAUUUAAAGAAGUUAUUUUUGAUAUAAAGUUCAAGUACACUGUAGUUAAGGAUGUAAAGAACCUUCUUGUGUAACAAUAUCUCCUAUUUCUGUUUAUCUGAUAUAUCUUGCCCUUUUGUACAAACAUAUGAUUUUUCUGUGAAAAAAAAAUGUUGAUAUUUUAUCACUGUUCUUUUUCUUUCUUUUUUUUGGGGGAACACUAAACUUUUAAAUAAGUUGACCUUUCAGAAUUUUGGCAACAUUAAUUUUAAGGCAUUUUGAGGUACUGGAUGUAAAAUUAAAUUAUUGGAUUCCUGAUUAUUUAUUUAUGUUUAUUUUCAAUAAAAUACAAAAAUACAAUGUAUAUCCAUAAUUUAUUGCAACAUUUAAUUAUAGACUGUCAUCUUAGAUUUACAAGUUUUUAUACAACAAGUUUGCAACAUACAGCAAGUUUAAUUUGUAACUGUAUUUUUUAAUUUUACUCUGUUCACUCUUAUUUAAUUUUUUUGGUAUAUUGUAAAAUUAAUUGACAUUAAAAUUCAGUUGAAAUAAGUUUACCAUACUAGUUAUAUAUUGGUUUUUCUUAAAUUGUUAAAUAGUUACAAGAACUUUAUAUGACUAAAUAUUUUCAAUAUAAAUACUUUGCUGUUAUGUAUAAUUUGUUAGAGUUCUUAGUUAUGUCUUAUUGAUUAAAACGUUUAUGCAUA